AUGUUCAUCAUCAUCUGGCCAGUCUUCCUCCUCAACAUCCUCUGCACGUUCGGCAUGUUCGUUGACAAGACGGGCGACUGUUUGAACAAGAUGAUCCUCGGCCUCACCACCCUGAUGGCGAUGGCCGUCGAGCUCGAGAUCGUCGCCGAGGAGAUGCCCAAAACACAGCAUAUGCCACUGUUGGCUCGAUUCGUCAUCAAUUCCAUCUACAUCAUCGCUACCGCGUCGGUUACUGUACUUUUUCUUCCUACGAUUAGGAGAGCUAGAAAAUCCGUGCCCCACCUGACGACACGGCGGCUGAUCCAGCCAAAUCUGUUGCUGCUCAUCAUCUUCGAGACGCUGAAUGCCGUGAACUUCUUUUAUUUGCUGUCGUUUAAGAAAAAACAUGAAUGGAAG